UUUCAAUAGUCGCGGGACACUUGAACUGCGGCGAGGAGAACCCGGGGCCGCGGCCUCGGAGCGGCGGGAGCGGCGGGUGUGCCUGCCUGCCUCCGUGCGCGCGUGUCUGUGUGUGUGUGUAUGUGAGAGAGAAAGAGUGUGAGUGAGUGAGUGAGUGAGUGUGUGUGCGCGCGGUCCCUGUACGGCUCGGCCCAGCCCAGCCUGGCCCGGCCCGGCUUGGCCCUGCCCGGGGCGCGCCGCGGAGUGAAGCGGGGCGCGGGGCGGAGAGCGGCGGAGAGAGGCGGAGAGAGGCCGGACGCACAGCCGAGCCCCGGCAGGCUGGCCCCGCGCCAUGCUGGGGCACCCGGCGGCCGGCGCGGCGGGGUCGCAGCCGCAGCCACCCAGGCUGGCCCGGACCGCCAGCCCCGAUGAGAACCAGGAGAACAUUCAGCCUGACAAGCGCGGCGGCGGCGCCGAGCCCGCCCGAACGCGCACUGUGCUGGGCGUGCUGCGGGCCAACGUGCGCGCUCCGGCCCCGGGCCCAGCUCCUGGCCUUGGUCCCGCCGCGGGCCUGGCGCCGCACAAGUCCAAGAACCGGCGGGUUGCCGCUCCUCUCAGAGAUGUGCCCCUUCAUGAUGAGCCGGGCAUCGUCCCAGCCUGGAAUGCCCCCAGCAAGCAGCCUGCCUUCACCAUUCACGUGGAUGAACCCGAAGGGGAGACCGGGAAGAAGCUUCCCGGCCCCAAGAAGGGGGAGUCGGAGGAUCUGUUGGGCUUCAAUUCAGCCGUUUCACUGCCGGAGAGGAAACCUCUGGGGCCCCUGGAUUACCCCAUGGAUGGCAGUUUUGAGUCCCCCCUCACUAUGGACAUGUCCGUGGUGCUCGAGCCCGAGGAAAGGCCGCCCAACGUCAACGAGGUCCCGGACUACCACGAGGACAUCUACCUGUACCUCCGGGAGAUGGAGGUGAAGUGCAAGCCCAAAGCGGGCUACAUGAAGAAGCAGCCCGACAUCACCAACAGCAUGCGGGCCAUCUUGGUGGAUUGGCUGGUCGAGGUGGGCGAGGAGUACAAGCUCCAGAAUGAGACUCUGCACCUGGCCGUGAACUACAUCGACCGCUUCCUGUCCGCCAUGUCCGUGCUGCGGGGGAAGCUGCAGCUGGUGGGCACGGCCGCCAUGCUCCUGGCCUCAAAGUUUGAAGAAAUCUACCCCCCGGAGGUGGCCGAGUUUGUGUACAUCACCGACGACACGUACAACAAAAAGCAGGUCCUGAGGAUGGAGCAUCUGGUGCUCAAAGUGCUGGCCUUUGACCUCGCCGCCCCCACCAUCAACCAGUUCCUCACCCAGUACUUCCUCCAUCAGCAGCAGGCCAACUCCAAGGUGGAGAGCCUGGCCAUGUUUCUGGGAGAGCUAAGUUUAAUCGACGCCGACCCGUACCUGAAGUACUUGCCAUCCGUUACUGCAGGAGCCGCCUUCCACAUAGCACUGUACACCAUCACUGGGAAGAGCUGGCCCGAGUCAUUAAUCCAGAAAACGGGCUACACCUUGGAAACGUUGAAGCCGUGCCUCAUGGACCUGCACCAGACCUACCUCAGAGCACCACACCAUUUGCAACAGUCUAUACGAGAAAAGUACAAGACGGCAAAGUACCACGGUGUAUCCCUCAUUAACCCUCCGGAGACGCUCAACUUGUAGUGGGCGGGAGCCGCCGCCGCCGCGCUGUACAGUUUUUAUCUUCCCUGGGCCUGGGUGUCUUCGCAAAGAAUCACUUCACAAAGCAUGAGUCAUGGCCAGUUUCCGAUGAUGACGUCCCUCUUGAUUUUUAUGAUUUUAAAUAUAAACCUUUUCUACGUGCCACUGCCCUGCAUAGUUAGCUCCAGACAGAAAUGGUGUUGUGUGUGUAUAGUGAGUACUAGCCAAGCCCAUUCCUUAGGACUCAGAAUUUGGCCGACCGGAUGGUUCAUCCCAUCUAGCGAGUGAACGCCAGACUCGGACUCGCUGCCAGGAGGCUUUGGACGUGAACAGUGUGGCACGAGAGCCCGGCACAAAGACCUCCCUGGACAAAGUGGAAAAGGGCCUGGCCAGCCCUCCGGAGAGUGCUGGCACCUGCUCACGGACGGCGGCCUUGUGUGCACUGGCCGUCCUAGCUUUGUUUCUGUUCCACGUGCUUCCGGAAUGGCUGGGGAAGUGUAAGGCAGAAACCACGUGUAGUCCUUGAUGAGGGCGGCGGGCCACUCGCGGACUCCGAGGGAGCUGCUGAUGGCAGCGAGGUAUCCGGGCUCGAUCAUACAGACUCAGCCUCCACUGUCUACCCGUUAGUACGCUUGGUGACAUUCACAAAACCCAACCAGGAAGAAGAACUCGCCCAUAAUCUUAAUAAUGGAUCAUAGAAUUAGUAACUAGCAGGACACGGAGCCCAACUACAAAUUGGGUCUGAUGUGUGGGAUAGAAAUGGGCUCCGUUUAAGAUUAGGUAACCGACUCAGUGGCCCAGAUUCUCCAGGGAGGUCUCCAGGGCCACAGAUCUGUCCAUGCUGCCUGCCCCUCUGGGCCCUUCCCAACUGUCUGCAAUCACAAGUAGGUUCAACCUCUCAGAUUAAUCCAAUUCCACAAGAUGUUUUCUAGAUGCUUUAUUUUAAAUCAAGAAAAAUACAUGUGAAAAUAUGCAAGUCCUAAAUAUACCUUCCAGUAGUGUAUUUGGGAAAUUUUAGUUAGCAGGUUUCUUCUUCUUUUUCUUUCUAACUGCUUUUUUACUUGAGACUUUUUCCGGUUUGGAGUUGGCCUGCGUUCUGUAAACAAAUGAAAUCAAAGCCUAAGAACAUGUAUUAUAGACAUUUAUUUAUAGAGGCUUUCUUUAACAGGUAUUCAUUCAGUCAAAAAUAAGGCUUUUAGUUUGGAGGGUGGGGAGCUAAGCCCUAAGGCUGGGCUGGCAUACUCCAGGGCCUCUUAGAGGAGCCAGUCUGGGAAGGCCACCGUUGUAUCCUCCACAGAACAGCAACAAAUCACUGCCCGGGAUGACUGCUAACAUUGCCAGACACUGCCAAGGAAAAUUCAUUCUCUUUCAUUAGUUAGGGCCAGACAAACGGGGCUGCCUUCCUUGGUCCUAACACCCAAUUGUGCAGUGGAAGCUGGUCCAACGUUCUCACUUGAACCAAGCUUAAAGUGGGUUUACGAGAGGAACUCGAGCUCUUUCCUGUGACCUUCGUAUGCUUUUGUCCCGUGCAUUUUAGGGAAACCGCAGACCGUCCAGUCCACCCUUCCUGGACAGUUCGCUACAAUCAGUCUAAAAAGGAAUCUGAAGGCUGUUGAGUAAGAUUUAUACUAACAUUUGCCUUGGAAAAUUCUACAGGUGGAGAGUAGGGACAUCAGAGGUGAAUUAACAUUUGCAUAGACUUCCCUAACUGUUCUAAUAAAUCUGAGAUACUUCA